AUGUUAUUCCAACCCAACAAACUCAAAGUACAACUGAAACUUGCCAUCAAUCGACUCAAGAUGCUGCAAGCCAAAAAGACAUCGCUUUGUCAACAUCAGCGUCGUGAAAUUGCAACUCUUUUGGACAAGGGCAAAGAAGAAAGCGCACGUGUGCGUGUCGAGCAUGUUAUUCGUGAGGAUCUAUUUAUUGAAGCUAUGGAGAUAUUGGAGUUGUAUUGCGACUUGUUGCUGGCGCGUUUUGGGCUUAUUGAACAGUACAAGACAUGUGAUCCUGGUAUUGCCGAGGCUGUCAACACUAUCAUUUGGGCAGCACCACGUACGGAUGAGAUCAAGGAAUUGCUCAAUGUCAGAGAUCUAUUUGCUGCCAAGUAUGGCAAGGAGUUUGUAUACAAUGCUCUCGAUAACGUGGACAAUGUGGUGAAUGAACGAAUUGUUUGCAAGCUACAAGUAAGCGCACCCGAUCCAUUCCUAGUCGAGCGUUAUCUGGAAGAAAUUGCAAAGUCGUACGAUAUCAUGUGGGUGUCCAGUGUAUUGGCUGCUGAUGACGAUAACGAUGAUACAUCAAGUGGUGGUGGAGGUGGAUUGGCAGAAGAGGUAUACCCUGCACAAACAGAGGCGCCCUUGCUCGCAUCAAAUGAUAAUGACACAUCUUCUCCCCAACCGGUGACCAACGUCGAUGAAAGCGAGACCACCUUUGACCUACCAGAAAUCCCAUCCAACAUGCCACCAGCUCCAAAAAAGAACAACGUAUCUCAACCUACCACACCAAAGCCAAAAGACGAUGAUUUUGACGCUCUUGCAAAGCGACUUGAAGCUCUCAAACGCAAAUAA